AUGGCAUCGGAAUAUGUGCCCGAGACAUCUGAAAUUGGUUGCUUGACGGCACACUCGAACGAGGACAGCCAGUUUGUCGGUAGUUCAAGCGGCGUCUAUUUCAUCAAGACGGUGAAACGUGCAUUCAACGGCCUAGAUGGCCCCUUCCCUACAGCAGAGGAAAUGCUUGUAGGUGAAACCUCGUCUUGUGACAAGCGCCAGCGCACCUCAUCCACCAGAGACACUGCUCCAUUGAAAGUAGUCGAAUCUCCCGCAGAAUGGACCUACGACCCAUCAUUGACGGCGUCUUUGGGGAGUCUACCACCCCCAGACGUGGCUAGGGGCUUUAUGAUGAUGUAUUUCAAAGUCUGGCACCCUCUUUUCCCGUUCCUGCACGGUCCCACCUUCCUGCAAGGGAUGGAGAAGGUCUACUCCAGUGAAAAUCAAAACCAGCACACACAGGAACCAUGCAUAGAUCACCGGAGUACAUGCUGGACAACCAUUCUCCAAUGUGUCUUCAAUCUAGGUAGUCUGCUAGCGCCAGACUUGGACCUACCAUCCGAAUCGAAGAUCCAAUCACCGGACAGCUUCAACUCUUUGCUCGGCACUCUCUCUUCUCGACAUGAUAUCGUUUCCCUGCAAGCACUUCUAGCUAUCCAAGUCUAUCUAGUCGCGACCAUGUCACUUCGGCAGGCAUCGACUGUCGGAGGCUGUAUCCUACGCUCGAUGCUUCAUGCCGGUCUCCACCGAUGUCCGUUUCGAUACAAGCAACUCUCUACCCACGACAGACAACUGCGGAAGCGGGUCUUUUGGUGCGCUUAUGCGAUCGAUAGAUACCUGAGUCAGGCUUUAGGCUUGCCGCUUGGUAUACAGGAUUCUGAUAUCGAUGUGUGUCUGCCUGCUGCCCGGGAAAUGCAUUCCCCUCGGGGCGAGACGACUCAGUCUGCGAAUGGCAGUUCUGCGCCGCAGCACGGUGUAGAAGGCCACGACAAAGAACGCGUUCUUGCCAGCUAUGUUAAUUCGGGUACUCUGACAGGCCGGGCAUUGGAACUUUUCCACAAAUCAAUAUUGGUUCGAUCCGUUCGUCGUAGUUCGGUAUUGUUCCUCGUGACAGAUGUGCAUAAGUGGUGGAAUGGCCUUCCGAUUGAUCUCCAAAGAAAGCCAGCGGGAGGAUCUGCGAUGGCGGAUGCUGCGUUUGAUUUUGCUCCUUUCUUCACUGUACUGUAUCAGCAUCUCAUUCUGAUCAUUCAUCGGCCUUCAUUAUCGCUGGAUCCGUCAACUGCGGAAUUCUGUUCUGGAUUGCAAACCUGUAUUGGGGCUGCGAGAGCUAUCCUUUCAGCACUCAGGUUGCAAGUUGAUAGCCAUCAGGCUUUGUUCUGGCCCGGCCUUUUGUCGGCUGCGUGGAUGUCUGGGUUGGUUUUGGCUUUGGCUUGUCAAUUGAACCAAUAUUCGUUGACAAAGGGUCUUCAGGAAAUUGAGGAAUUUUCAGGCUUCUUGCGUCUGAUGUCCAGCAAAUGGGAGACAGCGAAGCAUUGCCAAAUAUCGCUCUCAGUACUAGCAGCGAAAAUCCAACAGUCAGAAAGCAGCUCCGACCCAACAGCAAACUCCCAGGCAUAUGUGACGAGGGGCUCUGAAGGAAGUCCAACACUGGUGCAAUCUUUAACUACACGCGAGGAGAAUUUACAAAGACUUAGUCGUCUGUCGCACUUGCAAGAACAGCCUGCCUUGUCCGCAGAACCGUCCGAUAUUAGGCGAUGGAAGAACACAUGGGAAGAAUCCAUGCGCAGGGGACAUGACCCCACGCUGGUCCCUCCUGUAUCGAUGCAAUUAUCACAGAUGAACGAGCAGGAAAUCCUCGACGAUAUACCCUCUUCACUGCAGAUGGAUUUACAGGGCACAGGGUCGGCGCGAUUUGAGGGGAUAUCGAAUUUCGACUUGAACAUGGUCGAUUUAAUCGAGGGCGCAAACUUCGACACUUUGUUCGAUAUCAUCGGGCAGCAAUUCCCAAAUUUCUAA